AGUACAUGUGCGAAAGGUCGACGAUAAACGCCGGCAGUUCCAGGGGAACGUUGCGCUCUCAACGCGGUCCGAAUUACCGGAGCAAUCUGGACUGCACCCUGACGAUCAACGUCGAUUCGGGUCGACACAUUUCACUCAGCUUCCAAACAGUUGACAUUGAGGGGUUUGAGAAUGGCUGUGGCAGCUCAGACUACUUGAGCAUUUACGAUGGUAGUUCUAUCCAUUCCCCUCGUCUAGCAGUUGUCUGUGGUACCUCUUUACCCGACUAUGACGUCGUCUCCGAGGGAAGCGCCAUCACUCUGAGAUUUCGGACGGAUCAUAUGGUGACGAGGAGCGGUUUUGUACUGACUUAUUCAUCCAUUAAGAAUAGCAAACCCAAACUGAAAGGCAAAGCGUUGGAUAUCGUCCUCGGCAGCCUAGCCGGUGUCAUUUGUCUCCUUGCCUGCAGUGGGUACACCCUCUCAAGAUUCAAGAAAGAAGAGGAUGAUUCCUCCAACAAUUUGGUGGAAGCUGAAUCAGUGGCGUAGGUUUACUCCUAAAAAUAAUGGCACUCCAGCUACAAUUUCACAGAAACAAUAAUGACAUGUACAAGUUUGUUUAUUUAAUGUUUUUAAUAGAAACAUCACAAUUUGGGUUAGAUUGUUAGUUUUUCAAGUUAAUAUGCAAGGGAACAAAAAAGGUUAUGAUUUGCCAUGUAGGCCUAAACGUUCUAUCCACACCCGUUCACUUGACUGGAUGGGAAACAACACACCAAAAUUGCCCGUUCCAGCUAGAAUUUUUGUUAAUACAAUUAACCACCGACUUUUAUAAAAUGUGGCCCCACCCCCAAGAGAUAUAUUUUUCUACAAAGUGACGAUUUCACUGAAAUUUGUUGCAGUGGCGCACCUGGGGGCCCUCGUGGGCAUGAGCCCCCGCCCAAGACAUUGAUCGAUUUUUUUGGCAUUUUUUUUGGUCCACAAUUUGACCGUGGUGAUAUUUAUGUGGCCUUUUUUCGAGUAGUAUAAUAGGGGUGUAAAUGGCACCACCAACGUCAAACAAAUUCGCCCCCAAAAAACAAAAAUUAAAAAAACCCAAAUUGCAGCCAAAA